AUUGCGAUUUGCCCACUGGGUGUCAGCAGUGAGCAGGACUCUUCCACCACGUGGCUCAGCCAGGGCGCAUACACGGAACCAGGAAAGGGCUAAGUCCGUCCUGACAGCAGGGUGGUGAAACUAAGUGGCCUCCUCCUUGUUGUUGUUGCCCUUUGCUGGUGGAGGCAGCUUCUCGCUGGCUUCGGAGCGCAGCCCUCCUUCGUAAGGCACAAUGGCGGGAGCUGGCGAAGGUCUGAGGAGCAGUAAGAAGCUGGUGGAGUGUUUCUACGAUGUGGUGUCUCCGUAUUCCUGGCUGGCAUUUGAGGUUCUCUGCCGGUACCGUCCCAUCUGGAACAUUGAGCUGCGUUUGCGACCUGCUUUCCUUGGAGGCAUAAUGAAGGGGACUGGUAACCAGCCCCCAGCAAUGUUGCCCAAGAGAGGAGAGUACAUGAUGAAGGACAUUAUGUGGAUGGCAAAAUACUACCAAGUGCCACUAAAAAUUCCAAAGGACUUCUUUGACACGAUUAUAAAAAAGGGCAGUCUGUCUGCCAUGCGUUUUGUCACAGCAGUGGAUAUAUCACAACCGCAGUUUCUGGAGAUGGUAUCUAGAGAACUUUGGAUGCGUGCUUGGUCCCGAGAUGAAGACAUUACCCAGCCAGAGAGUAUUUUGGCAGCUGCAGAAAGAGCAGGCUUACCUUCAGACACAGCCCAGAAGCUUCUGGAAAUGAGCCCCUCAUCUGAGGUGAAGAAUCGCCUGAAAGCAACAACAGAUGAAGCCCUGAAAUAUGGGGCAUUUGGGAUGCCCUCUAUUGUUGCCCAUGUUGAUGGCGAGCCCCACCUUUUUUUUGGUUCAGAUCGUUUGGAACUGCUGGGACAUGUUUUGGGAGAAAGAUGGUUGGGACCAGUCCCCACAUCUCCGAAGCUCUAGCUAGGUGGAAUCAAAGGCUCCAUGGGACCUCGAAGCAACAAGGCCGUCAGAGAAAGCAUCUCUCCAUUUGGCUUCUACAGUAAGAUGUGAACAGCUUUCACUUUCUCUGGAGCAGAAAGGUUUUUGGGAGAAAUCGGGGUGAUCGGACUGCUGAGGGAGGGCCUGAAUAAGUAGCUCCUCUUUCUUUGUCAUUAAAGGACCUAAAGUGCUGCAGGGAACAGCUAAGCCUAUUGCUCCAUGGAGAAAACAAGCAAGAGCUUGCCUAUGUGAUCUGCCAAGCUGCAUUUAGGUGUGAAGAAAGGGGUUUGGGGAGGGGGACAAUUCAUGCAUCUUUCCCCCUCUUGCACAAGGUUAAGGGGGCUAGCAUCUCUGUGCCUUCUGUCUACAUUGGUGCCUUCUCCUUUGGCUUAGGCCAAAAGCCAAUAUCUGUAGUGUUCACUCAUGUUCCCCCUCAUAGAAUGAUGAUUUUAUCUCUCACCCAUGAAAUAAAGUUCCAUUUGAUUUUUUUA